AUGGAUAAGAGCAUGUACGACGACUUCAAUUGCGUCGUGGAGUUUUGUACGUUUUGGGGCCCGCCGGGCGUGGGCGCGGGUGGGUUAGAUUCUAUUUUGAGCGCGUGCUCGAGCGCGAAGAAUUGGUUGUCGAUGAGCGAAUCAAACGUGGUGUGUUUUCACGUUCGAGUCGAGCGUGGCGCGGACGCGGCGAGAAUACUGCGAUAUGUUGUCGCGUGCUUCGAGACGUACCGUGCGUCGUCGAGUGAGUUCGACAUCGAUAUGGCGUUUGAAGAGUUGCCGACCGUGCCUCCGCGCGCGUUUUCCGCGCAUCGAGCCGCGGCGCCGUCGCGAGCGCAGAUCCGGUACGGAGGAUACUUUGGUGACGCCAUUCGAACGAGUCGAGAAAGCGGUAAAGAGUGCAUCCCCAAGAAUAGGCUUAGGUUGAAACGGUUGGUGAUCGCCGGCGGUUUAUCGAUUCAUAAUGGUGGUUGGCGGCCCUACGCGAAAGUGAUUUGCCAAUCGACUGGCGUGGUCGGCAAAAGCGCUACGCAAGGAUUAGCUCCGGAUUGGCACGAUUCGAAACACGGAUUAUCGCCGAUAGGCAUGGAGCUUGUUCGGACGGGGCAUGAAUCCAACACGUUGUCCGUGGAAACCGCCAUAGGACUGUCGCUCGAUGGCGAUUGCGUGAUAUCGAUCUUCCACUGGACGGGCGACGAAACCCGCGACGAACUUUCUCCGGUGAUGACAUUUGCGUUUCACACGGGUUUCAUUCAUCUCAAGACCUCAAUGGGUGAUUCUAAAGCAGGUGUAAUGCGGAUCACACGAGAUCAGAUGGACUGCACGGAUGAAACUCUGAUUCCAGACGAUUACUUCUUCGAUUUGAUGUUUCUCGCAGAAAAUGCCGAAGCCAAACCCAAAAGGCAAGCUGAUAUCGCCGUGCAAACCACUCCGGCGCUGAAUGAGACGCACGCGGGAUCAAAGAUAGCUGAACCACCCGCGCUGCCUACAUCACCCUCCCAAGCACCACUUGAGUGUGCUCCACCGCCACCGCCACCACCACCACCACCGCCACCGCCACCGCCACCGCCACCGCCGCCGCCGCCGCCGCCAGGAUUCAAGCUCUCAUCGGCAUCUAUGCCGAAAGUAGCAACGCCACCAGCCCCAGGCGCACCGCCACCACCGCCGCCACCAGUAGUGCAGUUUCGUUCCGUAUCGCUCACGCCUCGAGCGCCGCCGCUAGCCCAAGGCCCGAAUUUGCGGAAGGUUUACUGGGACAAACUCACGGUGACGCAAAAUACGUGGUGGAGCGAUAUAAACAGCGACGUCGGUGCUUUAAGAGAGGAGGAAAAACAAGCGAUCGUUAAAUCUUUCGAGAUUCGAGUGAAUGCGAGCAAGAAGGCGCUGACUGAAAAGCCGAAACACGUCACGGGUAUGCCGACGCUAAUUCCGAUUCCGCGUUCGAAUAACAUAGCCAUCAUGCUCUCGCGGUUUCCCAUGAGCGCGGAAGGCAUCGUUGAGGCCAUCGCGACCGGUGAUCCGGAAGGUACACUCACGCUCGAAAGGCUUGCGGUUUUGCUUCAAUGUGAACCGACGGAAGAGGAGCUCCAAAUAAUGCAGAAUUUUAAGGGCGAUGCGACGGUUUUGAAUGCUCCGGAACGCUUUCUCAUGGACCUCGCGACGAAAGUCGAGCGCUUGCCCGAUAAAAUCGCGGCGUUGGUGUACGCGAGACAAUUUCCUGAGAUGAUGAGUGAGGCCUACUCUGGCUUGCGGGCAAUCGAGCAAGCGUGCUCGCAAGUUAGAGAGGCGGAAGGAUUUCGCAAGGUACUCGCCGUGGCGUUACGUGUGGGAAACUUUAUGAACGCGGGUGGGCCGCGAUCGAGCACAAAUGGUAUCACACUCGACUCGUUACACAAGCUAAGCGACGUUCGAACGACCGCGCCGACGGCCAAAGGUGGGUGCACGCUGUUGGAUUUCGUCGUAGAACUCGUCGACGCCCGAGAAGACGGUGAAAUUUCGCUGACGAACGAGCUCGGCGCCUGCCAAGCCGCCAGCCGCAUCGCGCGCGCCGAGCUCGAGGGACUGAUUCGCAAGAUUACGAGCGGUGCGCAACGAAUUAAACGCGAAAUCGACAAGUCGAGCGUUCAAAGCUUCGAUGGCUUGCUCGUCGACUUGGACUCCGAUGUCGAGGCGCUCUCGAAGGAAGCCGAGCGCGUCGACGCCGAGUUCACGCGAUUCGCAGAGCUCUGCGGCGAGACGCGCAAAUCGCCCGAAGAUGUUUUUGCGAGUAUUUGGACAUUCGCGUGCGCGUGUGAUGCGUCGAGAGCCGCCCGCGCGCAUCGCGCGUCGAAGAAAAAGUAG